UUAUUUAACCCGCAAACACACGCUGGCUGAUGAAAGGCUUGCGUUAGAUGAGAAAUUCCUAGUCAGCUCGAUCAAGCCUUUGAAUAAGAACCGUACGCGUUACGUGCGCGCGUGUGUGUAGUAUAUACGAGUGUGCUUUUGUCACCAAUCAAAAGUCAGUGACAGCUUGAGUAACUUCGAAGUAAGCAGGGGUACGAAGAAAUGCGAAUAUAUUUACUUGUUCUCACUAUUUUCUGGCCGGCUGCAGGCAGAAUACUUGGUCAUGCUUAUGUCGUAGACAGGAGUAAUUAUUACCCGACAGACGAAUCGUGGCAAAAUGUCACAUAUGGAGGGCACCAAGUGUGGAAGAUCCUGCCUAGAAAUACCAGCACGUUCGACUAUUUCGUCAAAGUUGGUCGAAAGCAUAAGCUGGAUUUCUGGAAGUUUCCAACAGAAUUUGACGACAGCUUUCAUAUACGGGUAAGCCCAGAACAAAGGCGAAUCGUGAAAAUUGCACUGGACGAAACCAAAACUCCGUUUGACAUCCUCAUUGAUGACAUAGACAAGUUAAUCAACGAAGAUGAAGAACAGGAACAUACGAGAGCAAAACGUGGAGCCAGUCGUUUCCGGCUUCAUAGCUACCAUUCAACACAACAGAUCUACACAUUCCUGGAAUCUGUGUGCUCUAAGUCUAAGUACCAUUGUCACCUCUUCAACAUUGGCCGUUCGUCAGAAGGGCGAGACAUCAAAAUGCUACGCCUAUCGUUAAAAAAGCGGCAGAAUCAAAGGAUGGGAAUUCUUAUUGACGCUGGUAUGCAUGGUCGAGAAUGGGUUUCGAUUUCAGUUAUCCUGCAUUUUCUUCAUCAGAUACGCUUUUCUGUAUUUCAAGCAUCAAAAGCUGCAGUUUAG